AUGGGGCGGAAGAUAAAAAGCAUCAGGGUUUAAAUCCAAGAGAAAAAAGUUGAAGUGGGUAAAUUGAGAGAGAAAAUCCAAGAGGUUAAGCAAGAAAGGGAGCAGGAGCAGCACAAGCACACUGCCUAUGUUUCCGAACUGAAAGCCAAGCUCCACGAGGAGAAAAUGAAGGAACUUCAGAGCGUCAGAGAGCUCCUGAUCCGGCAGCACGAGCAGGAGGUGGCAAGAAUGGUGAAAAUUAAGGACGGAGAAAUUCAGCGUUUGCAGUCAACAGUCAACGUUCUGCGGGAUGGGGCAGCUGACAAAGUGAAGACGGCGCUGCUGAGCGAAGCAAAGGAGGAGGCUCGCAAGGCGUUCGACGGUGAACGGAUGAAGUUGCAGCAGGAGAUCUUGGAGCUGAAAUCUGGCAAAAAACAGCUUGAAGAAGCUUUGAACAACAUUAUGCAGGCGGAUAAAAUGAAGGCGGCUGACCUGCGCACGGCUUACCAGUCCCAUCAGGAUGAGAUUAAUAGAAUAAAGCGGGAAUGUGAAAGGGAGAUCCGCAGGCUGAUGGAUGAGAUAAAAGGCAAAGACAGAGUAAUUCUAGCUCUGGAGAAAGACAUCGGUGUCCAGGCAGGCCAUACACAGAAACUGCUUCUUCAGAAAGAAGCUUUGGAUGAACAGCUUGUCCAAGUGAAGGAGGCAGAACGAUACCACAGUAGUCCUAAGAGAGAGCUUCCUGUGGGGGUCGGGGAUAUCACUGAACUGAUGGGAAGCCCGGAGCCGCAUUUGGAUGAACGAGAUGUGCGGAGAUUUCAGUUAAAAAUCGCUGAGCUGAAUGCUGUAAUAAGGAAGCUAGAAGACAGAAAUACUCUUUUAGCAGAUGAAAGAAAUGAACUGCUGAAACGUUCUCGGGAGACAGAAAGUCAGCUGAAGCCUUUGGUGGAAAAAAAUAAGAGAAUGAGCAAAAAAAAUGAUGAUAUGUUACAAUGUAUCCAGAGAAUGGAAGAGAAAAUAAAAAAUCUAUCAAGGGAAAACGUAGAAUUGAAAGAGAAGUUAUCUGCACAACCAGCACUGAAGAGGCACACUUCUUUGAAUGAUCUCAGCAGCACACGGGAGGAACAAGAAAUUGAAUUCCUUAGACUGCAAGUCAAAGAACAGCAGCAUGUUAUUGAUGAUCUCACAGUGGAAAGGGAACGGUUGUUACGAUCUAAAAAACAGAAAAGGAAAAGUCUGAAGCCUCCGAAGAGGCAUGUUGUGGAGACAUUUUUUGGAUUUGAUGAAGAAUCUAUUGAUUCAGAAACAUCAUCUGUAACUUCAUAUAACACAGAUAAAACAGACAGGACACCAGCAACACCAGAAGAAGAUUUGGAAGAUAGUACGCCUAAAGAAGAAGCUGAACUAAGGUUCUGCCAGCUGACAAGAGAGUAUCAAGCUUUGCAAAGAGCAUAUGCAUUGCUUCAAGAACAAGUUGGUGGAACUCUGGAUGCAGAGAGAGAAGCAAGGACUCGUGAACAACUGCAAGCUGAUCUUCUCAGGUGUCAGGCAAAAAUUGAGGACCUGGAGAAAGCUCUAAUCGAGAAAGGACAGGAUUCCAAAUGGGUAGAAGAAAAGCAGCUCUUGAUCAGAACAAAUCAGGAGUUACUAGAGAAGAUUUACAGAAUGGAACAAGAAGAGCAUCAGCUGAAGAACGAGAUGCAAGAUGCAAAAGACCAGAAUGAGCUGUUAGAAUUCAGAGUGCUAGAGCUUGAAGAGAGAGAACGAAGGUCACCGGCAUUUAAUCUUCAUAUAACCACCUUCCCUGAAAACAAUGGAAGUGCACUUCAACUGUUCUGUCAACAGGAAGGAAUAAAGGACGUGAAUAUAUCUGAACUUAUGAAGAAGCUAGAUAUUCUUGGAGAUAAUGGGAAUUUGAGAAAUGAAGAACAGGUUGCAAUAAUCCAAGCUGGGACUGUACUUUCCCUCUGUGAAAAGUGGUUAAAACAGAUAGAGGGGACAGAAGCUGCACUGACCCAGAAGAUGUUAGACCUGGAGAAUGAAAAGGACCUGUUCAGUAAACAGAAGGGUUAUUUAGAGGAAGAACUCGACUACAGGAAGCAAGCCCUGGACCAGGCAUACAUGAAAAUCCAGGAGCUGGAAGCCACGCUGUAUAAUGCCCUGCAGCAGGAUCCAGGACGGUGGGCGAGCGAGUCACUGACGGAAGCCCAGAGAGAGGAUUUGCGAGCUGCCGUGGAGAAGGUGAGGCGGCAGAUCCUGCGGCAGAGCCGCGAGCACGAGCGGAUGGAGCUGCUGCAGCAGGCACAGCAGCGGAUUAGAGAACUAGAAGACAAAAUAGAACUUCAAAAGAGACAACUCAAAGAAAUUGAGGAAAAGUUUUUGUUCCUUUUUUUGUUUUUUUCACUAGCAUUCAUUCUGUGGCCUUGA